AUGACUUUACUCAUGUUGCCAGGUGUCGAGUGCAUUGAGUUGGGUUUCUCACCCUAUUUUCAAUGCAUCUCCUGUCCACGUGGCCAUAAAAUCAAUGGUACAACCUGUCGCGAUGUGGAUGAGUGUGCACUGUAUCAGCCCUGUGAUGAGUCUGCCGUGUGCUACAAUCUUAAUCCUGGCUUUCGCUGUGGUUCUUGUCCACCCGGUUUUGAUGGUAUUCAUGCUCACGGCUACUCUGCUGACUUUCUGGCCGUAGGAUUUCAGAAGCAAACCUGCCUGGACAUCGACGAAUGCAAGAUGGGCUUCUUUAGAUGCCCGGAACACGCCAGCUGUUACAACAGCAUUGGCUCCUACAGAUGUCAGUGUAAUGAUGGAUAUGUGGCCAAUGGAACCUUCAGCUGUCUGUCUGUAGCAGAUCUUUGUCCCGAUGGCAGCAUGUGCUCGAGGAAUGCGGAGUGUGUUCCCACGGAUAGCUAUCAUUACAAAUGCCGUUGCAGCGUUGGUUGGGCGGGCAAUGGUCAAAUCUGUGGGCGCGAUCGGGACCUGGAUGGAUGGCCAGAUGAAUCGCUCAACUGUGCGGAGCCUCACUGUAGGCGCGAUAAUUGCCCGGACUUGCCAAACUCCGGCCAGGAGGACGCGGACUUGGAUGGCAUUGGCGAUGGCUGUGACGAUGACGCGGAUAGCGAUCAGGUGCUUAACAACAAGGAUAACUGCCCGUUUGCCUACAACAGCGAUCAGCUGGAUUCGGAUCACGAUGGCAUUGGUGAUGCCUGUGACAAUUGUGUCUUCAUUUCGAAUCGCAGGCAACUGGACACGGAUGAGGAUGGUGUGGGCAAUGAGUGUGACGAUGAUAUUGACAAUGAUUCAGUGAUUAACCAAUACGACAAUUGUCCCAUGCUUCGCAAUCCUAAUCAAUCGGAUAUCGAUAAUGAUGGUGUCGGUGAUGUCUGUGAUAACUGUCCCACAAUUCCGAAUCCGGCGCAGGAGGAUCGUGACAUGGAUCUGGUGGGUGAUGCCUGCGAUAGUGACAUCGAUGGUGAUGACGAUGGCAUACAGGACUCGGAGGAUAAUUGCCCAAUGGUCAGCAAUUCCGAUCAGCUGGACACGGACUCCGAUGACAAGGGCGAUGCCUGUGACGAUGACAUGGAUGGUGACGGUGUGCCCAACUAUAGGGACAACUGUCCGUUGGCCAAAAAUCCAGAUCAACUAGAUGUCAAUCACAAUGGCAAGGGUGAUGUCUGCGAGGACGAUGAGGAUGACGAUGGCACUCCCAAUAUCAUCGAUAACUGUCCAAACAAUUCCAUGAUUCAUCGCACCGAUUUUCGGACUAUACGUUCGGUUAUUCUCGACCCCGAGGGCGAUGCACAGCUUGAUCCCAACUGGGAGGUGCAUGCUAAUGGUUCUGAGAUUACGCAAACCUUGAACUCUGAUCCCGGCCUGGUGGUCGGCAGUGACUCCUUCGGAGGCGUCGACUUUGAGGGCACUUUCUAUAUCAACGAUGAUACGGACGAUGACUAUGUGGGCUUCAUCUUUAGCUAUCAAAGCAACCGCAAGUUCUAUGUGGUGCAGUGGAAGAAGGGCACCCAAACCUAUUGGCAAUCCUCACCGUUCCGUGCCUCCGCCGAGCCGGGUGUACAGAUCAAGCUCAUUGAUAGCAAUACGGGACCUGGUUCCAUGUUGCGCAAUAGUUUGUGGCAUGCCGGAGAUACGCCUGGACAGGCUAGGCUGCUGUGGAAGGAUCCAUUGAAUGCCGGCUGGAAGGAGAAAACUUCCUAUCGCUGGUCCUUGGUACAUCGACCUGCAAUUGGGCUCAUCCGGCUACGCAUAUUUGAAGGGGAACGUUUGAUUCUGGACUCGCACAACGUUUACGAUGCCACACUCACCCUGAAGGGCGGCCGUCUGGGCGUUUUCUGCUUUUCCCAAGAGAUGAUUAUAUGGUCGGAUCUGGUUUACAAAUGCAACACACGUGUACCGCCCCUUAUCUACAACGAACUGCCCACCCAUCUGAAGCUCAAGGUGGAACUGGAGAACUGAACAGUCGCACUCGCACUCGCAGUUGUUGUUGUUGUUUUUUUGAACCCAGUUGACCCAAACAACAAAAUGUUUCUGCCAUAAAUCCUAACCAAAUUAACUAAGUACUUAUUUAUUUCUGCGCUUAGAAGCGACUUAAAA